ACAAAACCUGUGAAGCUAUACUUAUUUUACAAGAUCUAGAAAUUAAUUUUAUUAACAAGAUAAAUAGAAUGAAUGCAUAAUCUUUGCUAGAAGCUUGCAUUCCUCGUUGUUGGUGAGGCAUAAGGGAAGAAGCCUUGUUUCUUCUCUGGUGUGUGUAUAUAUCAGUGGCUGCCUGUUUCAACCAAGAACCCUCCCUCCUUCCCUCUCUCUUUCUCUCUACUCAAAAGAAUUCUAGUGUAGGUGUGCCUUUGCAGGCGCUGCUUAAUUCCCCAGAGCCGCUUAAGUUUGCUUCCCAACCGGCCGCCUCCAGAUAUGGGAGGAGAACUUUUGCUCAAGAUCUGGGUCAACGCUCUCAAGGACUUUCAUUACGAUAUGGAGGAUUUGCUUGAUGAGUACUCCAUCGAAAGUCCACAGCGUAGAUGGAGCACAGAAUGUCAAGAAAGCACUGCCGAGAAGAAACCCAGAUCAAGAAACUGGUUUGCCAAAAGAUUUUAAACGAGAAAGAUAAUUAUGACGAAGAACGGAUCAAGAAAAUGUGUUCAAUUCAAUGCUUGAUAUCUUCUUUCACUUGUCCUACUGCCCUUGGCAUUUGUAAGCGUUUGUGCCCACUUUCCAUUUUCAAUGGUUUUAGCUCGGGAUUUUGUUUAAAGCAGGCUACAAUAUGCUGUGUCAAGAUCGACACAACUUGUACGUUUUGAUUCAUUGAAUCUCAUGAUUUCAUGAUCAUACUCUAAUAUAUAGUCGAUAUGAGAGCUUCGCUCUGAAACCGUGCCAUCCUGCAAUGUCGGGUUUAAGGCAAAUUUUAUGUUGGUUCUCCACGCCGCUCACUCACUGCAGCAGGAAAACUAUUGAAGCCUGAGCAUGAUACACAAUGAAUGUGCAACUAGCUGUAACUGGCGUUUUAGGAAUACGAGUAUCGACGAAAAAAAGAUGACGAUUUCUAAUUGUCGGGGAAGAGAAGCCAGGGAGGGCGAACCGAUCAAGCACUGUCGCUGAUCAGUGACGCUGAUAGAGGUGUAAACUGCAACUAAUGGCCCGUACAAGUAACCCCGAGGGAAAAACAUGGGACCCAGCCCCUCGGCCGGUUCCUCGUCGAUGAGGAAGAGAAGCGGCGUGAGAGGUGGAACAAGAAUGGAGAGGCUGGAUCACGAAAUCCUGUGUAUCAUCUUCUCCUUCCUGAACGCCUUCGACCUCGCUCGCUGCACCGCCGUCUGCAAAUCCUGGAAUGCAGUUGUUAAAAAAUCCGAGUUAUUGCAAGCGUUGUAUUUCAAGCUGCGGCGAGAUUCUAUGGGAAAUAUUUCUACUGAGUCUAAUUCUUCACGGCAGUCAUGGAAAUUAGGCCUACAAGAAGCAGCCAUGAAGCAUCAUAGCUUAUGUUUACGACGAGGUCGUAUCGAUAUUCAUCAGUGGAAAGCUCAUUCUGUCGGGGUUGAUCAGUGCCGGAUGAGGAUGGGCUUACUUCUCACUGGUGUUGGUGACAAGGUUAUGCGUCUUUGGUCUUUGAGCAGCUACAAUUGUGUGGGAGAAUAUUACAUCCCUGAUAGUGCCCCUCUAGUUGACUUUGAUUUCGAUGAGACCAAGAUUGUUGGUUUGCUUGGUACUCGUGUAGGCAUAUGGAGACGAAAUGGGAAAAGAAGUAUAUUUCCCUCACAUGAAGGCACAUUCUCAAAAGGUUUAUGCAUGCGGUACACUGAUCCAGAGGCUGUCAUUGGAUGUGAGGAUGGAACUGUUCGGGCAUUUGACAUGUAUAGUAGGGCGUGUUCUCGAAUUAUUAAGAUGCAUGCUGGGCCUGUAACAUGCUUAUCUCUGAAUGAUGACCAUUUGAUUCUCAGUGGAAGCUCUCUUGGUAGUGUCUCAAUAUCCAGCCUCUCAUCCGAUCAGCGAGUAGCUACACUAAGGUCAACCAAUUCGGGAGGCAUAAGGACCCUGUGUUUCAACCCUUCCUCUCAUUUAGUGUUUGCUGGGACAACAAUUGGAUAUACACAUUGUUGGGACCUUAGGACCAUGAAAUCUUUAUGGGAGACAAGAAUAAGUCCAAAUGUUCUGUAUUCUAUGCAACAUUUGCAGAACGAUACAUCAACUUUAGUUGUUGGUGGAAUAGAUGGUGUGCUUCGUGUUUUGGAUCAGAACACCGGAGUUCUUUCAAGUUGCAUCAUUGGUGAUGAGAGGCCAAUGGAUUCCUCUAAAAAUACAAAUGUUUUCAUCGAAAAAAAGAAAGGAAUAAGGCUCUCCGAAGAUGCCCGAAUCGACAAGAUCCCUAGAACUGCUCGACCACCUAUCACAUGCUUGGCUGUUGGGAUGAAAAAGGUUGUCACUGCACAUAAUAUCAAGUACAUUAGGAUGUGGAAGUUCAAUGUGUAACAAGUUAUUUAGAUGGUUAUUCUCAUUGACCAUAAUUGUAUUAUAAUAUUAGUCGUUUGUAUUUCUAUUUAGAUGGUUACUCUGAUCUCUAUUAGAAUGUUCGGUUCGUCUCGACUUGUCAAUUUACAUUAACAUAUUAUGAACGUGUAGUGUUUUGUAUUUAAA